AUGUCUCAGACACAGCAGGUUUUCCAACAUCUUGCACCAUUUGUGAAGUUGAAUGAUGCAAUAUUCACCGGCACAUUCUUUGAUGAUAUGGCACAGUUCUUGGGUAUUCUGUUUGCUCAACCCCCAUCACAAAAAACUCACUUACUGGGAGAGAAGGCUCUGAUGAGGCCGCAGCCGGGUAAAUGUCAGAUUGGAAUGAGUCCACCUGGUGACACUGUCAGUCUCACAUUAAAUGUCUUCACUCCUGCUGUUAUGCUCCCUGGAUCGAAACUGCCUGUCAUCGUGUACAUAUUUGGAGGUGGUUUUGAGACAGGCAGUAGCCGAUCAGAAUUUGGUAAUAUCACAAUCAGCAGGUCCUUGCACAUGCAAGAGCCAGUUAUCUAUGUCAGCAUGAACUACCGAUUAGCUUGGGGAUUCCUAGCGAGCCAUGAAGUCAAGCAGGCUGGUAUCGGAAACUUAGGCCUUCGAGAUCAGCGACUAGCCCUCCAUUGGGUGCAGAAAUAUAUCGGUGCAUUCGGAGGUGAUCCAGCAAAGGUAACCUUGUGGGGCAAAAGUGCUGGAGCAAUAUCAGUCGCUCUACAGAUGCUUGCAUAUGAUGGAUCCCCGACACCUAUGGGCGAUAUCACUCAUGGACAACGUUAUUACAACUUUAUUGUUGAUGAAACAGGGUGCAAGGAGUCGAGUGAUACAUUGGAGUGUUUGCGAGCGGUACCUGAGGAUGUUCUUCAAGCUGCCGUGGACAAAACACUGUCCUCUUCAUCUUACCAGUCACUCGUUCUGGCUUGGAUGCCUAGGGCGGAUGGAACAUUUUUAUCAGAUAACUUCCAGCACCUCAUCCAGGACGGGAAAAUUGCCAAUGUACCAUUCAUCACAGGUAACUGCGAUGAUGAGGGAACAGCCUUCUCCUUCAGUACUGUUAACGUCACGACGGGCGAACAACUCCAUAGAUACUUGAAGACAUAUUGGGCGCCCAAUGCAACACAUGAGGAGAUUGAAGGCAUUUUGCACAUGUAUCCUGAAGACCCAACCACAGGAUCCCCAUGGUUCCUUUUGCAUGAGCGGUCAGGGAAACAGAAAAAUUUGGACCUAUCGUGCUAUCACGGUUCCGACUUCAUUGAUGAGAUGUGGGGCGGGCCAGGGAGCUUGUUGGAUUACUUGAUUAGAUUCGCAACCAACCUUGAUCCUAAUGGAGAUCCUACUGGCAUCUUCUGGCCGCAAUAUAUGGUUGAGUCAAAGGACAUGCUGAUGAUUGGUGAAUGGCCUUGGUCUCCGCCCACCAUUGUUCAGGACACGUACAGGAAGGAGCCGAUAGAGUUCCUGAUAAACUUUAGUCUGGCUCACCCCCUGUAG